AUGGGUGCAUCAGGCUUAGGUUCAGCUUUAGCAAAAUGCAUUAAUCUCUCAAAUUUGACACUUGAACUUUGUAACAAUAAAAUUGGUGAUGAAGGUGCAUCAGGCUUAGGUUCAGCUUUAGCAAAAUGCAUUAAUCUCUCAAAUUUGACACUUGACCUUCAUUACAAUUAAAUUGGUGCAAUGGGUGCAUCAGGCUUAGGUUCAGCUUUAGAAAAAUGCAUUAAUCUCUCAAAUUUGACACUUAACCUAUGUAGCAAUUAGAUUGGUGAUGAAGGUGCAUCAGGCUUAGGUUCAGCUUUAGCAAAAUGCAUAAAUCUCUCAAAUUUGAAACUUAAUCUUUGUAGCAAUUAGAUUGGUGAUGAAGGUGCAUCAGGCUUAGGUUCAGCUUUAGCAAAAUGCAUAAAUCUCUCAAAUUUGAAACUUAAUCUUUGUUACAAUGAAAUUGGUGAUGAAGGUGCAUCAGGCUUAGGUUCAGCUUUAGCAAAAUGCAUUAAUCUCUCAAAUUUGGAACUUAGCCUUGGUGGAAAUUAAAUUGGUGAUGAAGGUGCAUCAGGCUUAGGUUCAGCUUUAGCAAAAUGCAUUAAUCUCUCAAAUUUGGAACUUAGCCUUGGGUAAAAAUAGUUUAUUUGUUUGGGAUUGUGA